AUGGAAACCACCAACACCUCGGAAAUGGAUCCCCAGCCUACUGAAUCCGCCCGCCGUAUUGUCCCCAAGUUUUCGAGCUUCAAACCAUUAAAAGAAGAUUCACCUCCGGCUUCUCUAGCACCAAAGGACGAAACGAAAGGCAAUCGACAAGAACACCACGAGAACCGGAGCCACAGAGAACACCGGAAGCACCGCUCAGGGAGUGGGGAUAGAAGAGGAGAUAGGAAGAAAGAUAAAGAUAGGAAGAGAGACCCCGACGAAAGGCGUCGUGACCGUGACAAAGAGAGGGACAGGGGCCGAGAUCAUGGCAGUGGACGAGAACAUCAGCACCGAGAUAAAGAUCGAGAACAUCGCCGUCACCAUCAUCGUAGAUCAACCUCCCCUUCUAGAAAUACCACUACUAUAGCGGUUCAAAGGACGCGCUCGCCUUCUCCGGACUCAUGGGACGCGCCGAAAAAACAAUACUACAUUGAUACACGCGGCGACCCUUCAAACAUCACUUAUGGCACUAUAUAUCGCUAUGAAAUCCCAGACUACCGUCGCCACGGGUCCGGGUGUGUGGUAGGUUUAAGCCCGGAUAUCCGGAUUGAUAGGGAAAAGGGGGAUGGGAAGGGGCUUGUCCUGACAUCCAAAAAAGAUAUAAAAUUUUCUGGGGGUGGCAAAAGCUCAAGAUAUACCUAUGCAAGAAAUGAUAAUGACGGUGUGAAAAUGUUGCGAAUUAAGCAGGACGGGGGGAGUGAUGAUAAAGCAUUUGAGGCGGGCUUGGAUUUUGUGCCAAUAUCGUCAAAAUUGAAGGGGAAGAAGAGAAAAAAUCACCCAGGUGCAGAAAGUGAAAGCUCAGAGGAAGACGACAACCAUUACCGGUCACUUGAAGGGCUAAAAAAGGUUGGCACAAAGCCGGAGGAUCGGGAUCUAGAGUAUGCGUCUUCCACAGACUCGGAUAAAGAUUUUGUCACCUCCAGUGAAUGGAUUGAUCGCAGACGGAACAGCGAGCUCAUCAAGAAGGUCGAUGCGAAUCCUCGGGAUGUCGAUAUUUGGAUGGAAUAUGUAAACCACCAAGACACACUUCUAAGUAGCAGCGGGCGGAAACCGAAACUUGCUGAGAGAAGAAGUAUCGGGGAAGUUAAACUUGAUAUUCUAACCAAGGCUUUAGAAAAGUGCCCAGGGGAUGAAAGGUUACUGGUAAAAUAUAUGGGUGUUGCCGAAACCCUUUGGGACCCCAAAAGACUUCUUUUAAAGUGGCAGCAAAUACUCAAAGAAAAUUCUGCAAUUAUUGGGCUGUGGACAAAAUAUAUCAAUUUUCGUCAAACAGACUUUCAGAGCUUUACUUAUCCAGAAGGCAUCAAAUCCUUCACCGAAUGUCUGGUUGUACUUCGUUCAGCGGUGUUUCGUUUAGGGAAAAACGAUACGGGAUCAGCAGAAAAAGAGAAGCUCGAAGACAUAAUUCUCUACGUAUUCCUACGAGCAACCUUAUUCAUGCGUGAAGCUGGAUAUGUGGAACUUGCCAUAGCGUCUUUCCAGUGCAUGCUAGAGCUAAAUGUUUUUAACCCGCUAAUCACACCGCCACCAAACACCGAAGUAGCCCACGAACAGCUCCUGGGAAAGCUCGAAGAGUUCUGGGACAGUGAAGUUAUACGCAUUGGAGAGCCAGGUGCUAAAGGUUGGGCAGCAUAUGUAAUUUCAGGCGGUAACGGUGAUAUCCCGGAACCCCGAGAAGAAAAGCUUUUUUCGGGGCCAUUGGAUCAUCGAGAUAUAUUUGGUUCAUGGAUGGACGACGAGGAGGAAAGGCUGGCAUUAUCUAUGAUGCCCGCAAGGACUACCGACGAGGUAGAAGAGGAUGAUCCCUAUCGUGUUAUACUAUUUUCAGAUUUCAAAGCUCUCAUGUUUUGCUUUUCGGUCGGUGCAGUGCGGCGAAAGAUUGUUGAUGCAUUUUUGACUUUUUCAGACCUGACACCGGCGAGGCCUGUUUCCUCAAACUCGCCAGGCGUAACGGACACGUUUUUGAGGAAUGAUAUGAGUUCCAUGGAGGAAUGGUAUCUGGAUGAGUGGUUUUGGCCAAAGAGUUCGGAUGAGGCCAUAGACUCAAAAAUAAUCACUUAUUUAGGGGGACUGUCGAUGGAGCCGGAACGAAAGACUGGCCUGUCCAAAGGCAAUCCAUUCGGGUUUGGGUUAAAAAAUUAUCCGAUUGGGCAAGCCUCCCUCUUUACUUGGGAAUCUAUCAAUUGGAGCCAAAACGUCAAAGGAGUGGAUGCAGCAUUUGUAGGUAGAACCUUAAAGAUGCUUGUUGACGGUUUCGAGGAUGAAAAACUGGCAACCUACUACCUAGCCUGGAUAUCACGAAACCAGCCUGAAAGUGUCACAAAGGUCGCAAAGGCCCUAUUAAAGAAAUUUAGGACUAGUUUACUUCUUUGGAAUGGUUUUGCGCAGGUUGAAUGGCAGGAUGGCAAAGUUGACGCCGCACGGAAUAUCUUUACGACCACACUGGGAAUGAGCCAAGGUUUUCCGGAAGCAAGUAGGCGGGAUGCAAUUCUGCUGUGGAGAACCUGGGCGUGGAAAGAGCUCGAGGAUCCGCCACAAACACUUCGUAUUCUUCUCUCCAUAGAAUCUGGGAAGCUGCUUCCAGAAGAUAAGAAUAGUUUUAGCCCGAAAAAUAUACAGCCAGCAUUGUUGUUGAAGGCUAGAAGAUAUCUGGAUGAUCAGCAGAACCUUAUGAUGUCAAUGGGACACAAUCACCAUGCAGUUAUAUACGUCGAAGUCCGGGCUCUUCUUGAAUAUCUUUCUCAUGAUCAGGAUAUAUCCAUCGCAUUGUCGAUUUUUGAUACAUUCAUGGAAGAGCUUGAGCGGCGGGAUCUUACUGGGCCAGAAUCAGUUGUGCAUGAACUCUGUCUUAUGGCGAAAGCGCAGAUGUUGUAUUACCACGCAAGGACGGCGAAGAUGUUUAAAAUGAAAAUUAUGAGAGAAGUUUUAGAGCAGGCUGUUAGGCUGUUUCCGAAUAACACUGUUUUCAUGGGAUUGUAUGCCUGGAAUGAAGGAAAGACAAAGAUCGAGAAUAAGGUCAGGACUUUGGUGAGGGACGUAGUACUGAAGGAAGGAAGGGAAACAGUUUUGGGGUGGGUUUUUGCUAUCUGGGCGGAGUUGAGAAUGACGGGAAUUGGCGGAGGAUAUAGCCCACAUGCAGUAAGAUCGUUAUUCGAGCAGGCAGUAGAGUGCAAUCGAACUAAAUCUAAUAUCGGGCUAUGGAUAACCUAUGUAAACUUCGAACUGAGAGAGAAAGAGCCAAGGAGAGCCAAGGAAACGCUGUUCAGGGGGAUACAAUGCUGCCCAUGGUCAAAAAAUUUGGUGCUCUUAGCGUUCAAAAAGUUACGCCCGGUAUUAGGGUUUGAAGAAAUGCGGAAGAUUUUGUCCAUCAUUUCGUCAGAAAAGGAGUUGAGGGUGCAUGAUGUAACAGAAUUAGAGGAUAUAAUCGGGGAGAUGAGCGAAGCUCAACGGGAGCGACUUGGGGGAAUGGGGGGACCGCACUUUCUCAGUAUACCUGAUGAUAUUUCUGAGGAUGAGCAUAUGCAGGAGGAUUGA